UUCAAGUAAUGGCUAUUUCAAAAAGAUCUCAAGCUACUUUGCUUUUCUCUUUGGUUGCCUUAUUAUGUCUUAUUGAAGUUUCUCUCGCAUAUCGACGUUUUGACGCUUCACUUGUAGCAAAACCUCCGGUUGGUCCAACCACUUGUCCAGUUCCUACUGAUCAGUGUUCGAGUGCAUGUGAUCGUCGAUGCUCAAAUACAUCUCACAAGAACAACUGUUUAUUAUUUUGCAACAAGUGUUGUAACUGGUGUCAGUGCGUUCCACCGGGUACUUUUGGACAAAAAGAUUGUUGUUCAUGCUACAGAGAUUGGAAAACACAAGAAGGAGGACCUAAAUGCCCUUGAAAUUUUCAUACUUGAUGUUGGAAAAUAAGAAACAUUUUUAGUUGUUUUUUGCCAGUUUUUGGUUCAAGAAUAACUCUUAUGCGAUAUGGAGCAUAUAUUUCUUCUUAGUAAACUAUCUAUUUACGAUUGUAAUCUUUUUUCCUGAGUUUUACAUGCCUUUUCAA